AUGUUGCUGAUAAAGCUGGACAAUGAGACCAUUCUGGCGUGGGAAAGGCAUUCUGUGCAUAAGAAGCAGGACAAGUACAGCGAGUUGAUCGAAUUCCUGCAAGACCGAAUUCGAAUCCUAAAAUCGAGCCAGAGUGUCUCGUGCGAUCGGAUUGUGGCUCCGAUCAAGGUGGCCGGGGCACAUCGGCCCACCGCACCACGGCGUGUGCAGACCAUCACCUGGUUCGAAAUUGCCGGGAUUUUUAGCCAGGAGCGGCGGGAAAUCGCACGGUCAAAGGGAUUGUGCUGGAAUUGUCUCAGUUGUUCCCAUCAAGUGAGAUCGUGCAAAUCCGAGUAUUCUUGCCGUUCGUGCAAGGAACGGCAUCAUACGCUGCUUCAUCAACCACCACAACAACCUACAGUCGCUUUGUCAGCCCAAUCAGAUGAUGAUAUGGUAUUUCUCGAGACGGCUAUUGUGUUUAUCGUAGACGAUUAUGGAGAGAAGCAUGAGGCACGGGCGCUUCUGGAUUCGGGCUCUAUGUCUAACUUCAUCUCGGAUACGUUAGCUCGGAAGCUCAUGACACCUCGAGCGAGAGUUAAUGUAUCAGUGUCUGGCAUCGGAACUUCAAGGCAGCAGAUAAAGGGUUCGACCACGGCGAUCGUUCGUUCAAGAAACCUUCAAUUCACCACCCCAUUGGAGUUUCUGAUCCUGGAUACACCCUCGGCGGACAUUCCCACCUCACCAAUCAACGUGUCUUCGUGGAACAUCCCGGAUGUAACGCUAGCAGGCCCCACGUAUCACAUCCCAGGCAAGGUCGAUGUGGUCAUAGGUGGCGAUACGUUCUGGGAGCUGCAUACCGAACGCAAGCAAUCUCUCGGUUCGGGUCUGCCAUGGUUGGUAGAAACGCAGUUUGGAUGGGCGGUAGCAGGAAACACAACGGAUUCGUCUCAACAACAUCGGGUAUGUAAUAUGGCAACGAGCGACAGUCCGUUGGAAGCCAUAUUGACGCGGUUCUGGGAGAGCGAGACCAUCUUCGACGAGCCCGCUCUACCUCUGGAGGAAGACAUGUGUGAACGUCAUUUCAUCUCUACUACAACCAGAGACCCAUCUGGCAGGUAUGUCGUACGUUUACCACAAAUUCCUAAUACGAAUAUCGUUUUAGGAGAAUCGAAAGCAAUCGCUGAUCGUCGUCUCCUAGCGGUGGAACGGCGGCUUAAGUCUAACCCUGCAAUAAAGGAGGAGUAUAGUAAAUUCAUGUCGGAGUAUGAGCGCUUAGGGCACAUGAAACAACUCACCGAGCCGGUGGACGAUUCGUGUGAACACUACUAUCUCCCUCAUCACGCGGUGCUUAAGGAGUCGAGCACAACCACCAAGGUCAGGGUAGUCUUUGACGCGUCGUGCAAGACAUCUUCUGGCUACUCCUUGAACGACAAACUCCUGGUUGGGCCGGUGAUCCAAGACGAUCUGUUCACCAUCAUCGUUCGUUUCCGGUCUCACGCAGUCGCACUCUCAGCAGAUGUUGAGAAAAUGUAUCGGCAAAUUUUCCACGAUUCUCGCGACACUGAAUACCUGCGCAUUCGGUAUAGAGGAAACACCACAGGGCCGAUUCAGACGUUCCAACUACAAACGGUAACAUAUGGCACGUCUUGCGCACCCUUCCUAGCAACAAGAACGCUAAAGCAGAUCGCUCUCGAUCACAAGAUGCAAUACCCCCGAGCAGUGGAUCCUGUAUUGCACGAUUUUUAUGUGGAUGACCUGCUAACGGGAACAGACGAGUUGGCAGAUGCAAUUGAAAUGCAAAGGCAGAUUUCCGAGAUGCUCAAGCAGGCUGGAUUCGUGUUGAAGCAGUGGGUAUCGAACGUACCCGAAGCACUAAUCAGCAUUCCCUCAGAAGACCUUGCCAUCCUUCCUACUCAUGAAUGGCAAGAUCCCCAAUUUGUAUCGACGCUUGGUCUGGUUUGGGAGCCAGCAGUUGAUAUGCUGCGAUAUCGGAUCGAUCUACCAACUGCUGCGACGAUGUUUACAAAGAGGCUAGCUUUGUCCUACAUCGCCAAAAUCUUUGACCCGCUGGGCUUGCUUAGUCCAACCAUUAUCAUCGCUAAGCUCUUUAUGCAACAGCUGUGGAAGUUGCAGGAAAACGGUAAGCCGUGGGAUUGGGAUCGUGAGCUACCAUCACAUCUCCAAAAGGAAUGGACGGCAUUUCAUUCCAAGCUGCAUUCACUCCGGGAAGUGCGCAUUCCGCGUUACACUUCAAUUCGGCAAGCAACAAACGUGCAGCUACACAUUUUCGCGGAUGCUUCUCAGGUGGCAUAUGGUGCUUGCUGUUACGUCAGGGCAGAAAACGAUUCGACAACAUCGGUGCAGCUGUUGGCAGCUAAGUCUAAGCACCACGGAGGUGGAAGCCUUUCGUUGCCAACAGGGUGGCACAAAUUCAAGGAGAAACCCGGAUCAAGUGCUGGAGGCAUGUUCCUGGUGUAG